AUGUCAUUAAGAGAGAUUCGUAAAUGUGCUUUUACUAAACGACCAAUUAGUCCACAAGAUAAGUCCAGUGUAGUUUAUACUAUUGGAGAGUUAGAUGCAAAUGGCCGUUAUACUGGUAAAGAUAAGAUUGUCUCAGUCUGUGGAGCAGUGCGUAAAGAUGGUCAUGCUGAUAUGUUACUAUAUACGGCAGCUAAAGAGGAGCAAUAA